GCGGGCGUGAGUAACUUUCUCUGCUCACCCAACAGCUGACUAUGACGAGCAGCGCCGCUUCCUGGUUGCGAUCCACAGCGGGACCCAUGUGUGACACCACCGACACGGAGAGAGCGGGGCGCUAGGGGCGUGACAUCAGGGGCGUGCCCCGCGGCGGCGGCUCCUUACCCGGCACUCGGCUUCGCCCCUCCAGCGUGCCGGACAGCCCAGCCCCAGCCCCGAGCAUGGAGACGGGCCCCCUCCUCGCCCUGCCGCACGAUAAAGCAGAGCUCCUGCCCGAGCUGCAGAGAGGGGCCCCCACGCUGGAUUUCUGCCUAGAGCAGGGCCCCCGGCUGGGCAGACCCCAGGAUGAUCUGGCUCUCAACAGGGAGGGCGCACCCCAAGUGCUCAGCGAGCCUGUCAUCUCCAACCGGCACGACUCAGAGGAGAUCGUCACCUACAUCUCGGAGAGCAUGACGGUGACCUCGGCUGACGAGGAGAAGCUGCUGCUGCUCAACAAGAACACGGAGCUGCGGCGCAUCAACAAGGAGCUCAUGAAGCUAAAUCAGGAGUGGGACCAAAUUUACCAUACCACUACCCUGGGGCUGCAGCAGAAGAUGCGGGCCCUGCAGGAGGACGUGGUCAUCCUCAAGCAGCAGACGGAGAGGCUCUCCAUGAAGCUUGAGCAUGAACAGAACAAGAGGGAGUACUACGAACAAACCCUCAUCCAGGAGCUCAAGAAGAACCAGCAUUUACAGGAGUACGUGAGGCAGCUAGAAGGCAGACAGCACCACGGCAGGGAGAAGAGGACCUCGGCUGGCUCCGAGGUAUUGGCAUCUGUGCCCUGGGAGGAAUUUGUAGAUGCUCAGUUCCUGCUUCCCAGGAAGAGCUUGAAGGAGAAUUCAUCCAAAAAGCAUGAAGAGGCCAGUCAGAAAGUGCAAGGGGGUGAGACCUACAAGCCCAGGAAGUGCAAGCACUUGGUCCACGUGAAUAAUAGCUCGGAUCCUGUGAAAGAGGUGACUGACUUGAAGGACCAGCUGGAGGCCUUGAAAUGCCAGACAGAAAUUUAUGAGGCGGAUUACAGGACAGAACACAAAGACCGGGAGCGAAUCAAAGCAGAGAACGAGAAGCUACGGAAGAAGGAGGAGGAGAUGAGGCAGCAGAUGGCACUUCUGAGAGAGCAGCUUAAGAUCUUUGAGGAUGACUUCAGGAAGGAGCGGUCGGACAAGCAGCUGCUUCAGCGCCUCCUGAAGAGCAAGGCCAGCCCCAAGGAGCCCAUCCUGGUUCAUCGCUGCAACAGCCAGGAGAGGCCAGUGGUACCCGCCUCGCCUGCGCACUCCACUGCCACCACAUCCAAGAGAGGCAACUGCAGCAAGCACUGUGAGAAGCACAGCCCCAAGCAGGGGGAGUGUGCCAAGCACCAUUCGCGGGAUGCUGAGGCACAGGCAUCCCCAUUUAACAGAGACUACUAGGAAGGAGAGUCAUGGAUCUUCCAGGUAGCACUUCUUAAGCUAACACACACAGUCUCUCCAGCAGUCACCUGCUGCUGGGUGCAUGUCUCCAGCCACAGGAACCAGCACUGCUCUCCUGCAGAGGCCAUCAGGACAUUCUUUCAACACCGUAGAUGCUUUCAGCAGCCACACCUUCCAUUGGUUAUAGCUCAGACCAAUCAGGGCUUGAGGUUUUGGCAGCCCCGUAGAGCAGAAGCCCAAGUUAAUUUACUUGCUUCCUCCCUAUUUUUCUCCAAGCUACUGAAAUAAGAAUGGAAGGUUUGUGCCUGGAUUGGAGCUCAUCUCUUAGAGCCAUCCAAGCACCUUCACCUUGUUCCGGGGCAUCACUAGCUUAAAUCCACCUUGCAAGUAAUUCUGGGGCAGGGAACGCUUGACAAGAAGUAUGUACGUUGCCCCCCACAUCAAGAAGAGUGUCGAUAACAAAAGGCCCUUGGACAUUGUGGGGUGAUGCUAGUGUCUGGAAAGGGCUCAUCUCCCCCUCCUUGAGUCCUUAGCUGUAAGUCAUCCUAUAUUCUAGCAGUGCCUCCCAGUGCAGCUGCUGCUCCAACAAAGGGAUUUCAGCAGCUCCCCACUCCAGCCUCAAACUCAGCCAGCGAGGACUGGGGACAAUUGUUACCUUUAUUUAUUUUAACCAAUCUCCUAGAUCCCAUAGAGUUGGUACUUUAUACAAGUGAUUAAAAAUAAAUAAAAUAAAUACAAAUGCCCUUGUUUCUUCUGCUUUCUAUGUGCUUAUAAGACUCAAGAGCAAAGACAUGUUCUUCCCUUCAUUAAAAGCUGACAGCUGUGGAUUUAGGAACCAGCUCCACAGCACUGGAGAUGGACGCUAUUUACGUACAAUGGAAGCAAAGCAUGGCCAGCCGCAGGGCAAACUUCCCCAAGCCUGUCCUGAACAGUCCCCUGCUAGGGGAGAAUUCUGUCUGGGUGGCCUCUCUCUGCCUCCUAAAGAAGUGGUCAGCAGGCAGCUGGUUGUGGCCACGCUAGACUGUUUGUGAAGUAGACUGUUGUCCAUUAGGAACUGGACUGAACAACUUACAGACUCUGGUUGGCUAGGUCCAGACCACUAACCUAAAGCUAAAAGCCCCAAAUUCCACUAAGGGAUUUAAAAUCCUGUUUGAGGCAGAUCAGGCUCUCAUGAUCCUAGGUACUGCUAACAGCUGAACCAGUUAACUUUGAAUGGCAACCACUGACUGGGCCAGGUUACCUGCUUUCCAAAGCAAUACCAGGAGAAUUUUAUGCAAUGUUAUUUGUGACACACCAGAUACGCAUGUGCUUAUGAGAUGAACAUAGAUCUCUGCUCAGACACCUCAGUGAUAAAGGUGGUAUAACUACUUAGAGUGCAGAUAGUCAGAUCAGAGCCAUCGUAUCAGGGUGACAAGCUUGUGCAUCAAGAAGUUCUAGCUGUGUGGAAAACAUCCAAAUAGUGAUGUAUGGGUCAUUCUGGUUCAGCAAACUAGGACCACGCUUGUUAAAAACUGUCUAAAGUUCUGUUUACCAGACAGAGGGGGAAGGUCCUAUGGGCAAACCUUUGGGCUUGUGUAGGGAAGUCACCAAAUAACAAAGCAUCAUUGACCUUAGCGUCAAGUGUGAAUCUCAGCUCGGAGUUGCAUCAUAGCCUAGCACCUUCUGUUAACGGUUGGCAAGGUUCAGUUUUCCUGAAUGCCAUCUUCCUUUGCUAGUCAGCAACAUAAGAACAGCCAUACUGGGUCAGACCAAUGG